AUGUCUUUCCCAUACUCCCAGGAUGGCCGUCGGCGGCGGAUAGGAGCUGGUACCGGCUUCAGCUCGUCAGGGAGACGGACAGUCCUGGGCUACUGGGUCCCUCUAGCUUUGACGGUCGGCAUCGCGACAGUUGGUGUCGCAGCUUGGAUAUGGAGUGAACGAAGUGACGACGACGACGGCGACGAGAAUAAUAAUAAUCAUGAAGGCGAAUAUCCCCUCGACGACGACCGGCACCCCCCGCCGGGUGCGGACGGGAUUCCUUCCGCCGGUAUUGAUGGCGCAUACGCCAGGUCCACGGCGACGGAUUUCCAGGGUGAUGAUGUUGGUAUGAUGGCUCGUAUGCAGGGCGCGCUACGCCGCACACCAAGCCCUCAACAGAUUUUUGAUGGUGCCAGUCGACGAGUCGCGGCGGGUGUGGCCGCUGCGGGCGCGUUCAUGGGCAGCGCUCUUACAUCGAUACGUGAGGAGGAUCGCGGCGACUUUGAGGAUCACUCCCGAUGGUCUGAAGAAGUCCGAUCGCGAGCCAACGAUAGGGCCGGCCAGCCUGCUGCGGCAGCGCCUGCCGUGAGUGGUGCAAUCCCUACACGAAGCGCUGCCAGCGGCCCCUCUGCCCCUGAGAAGAGGAAGAAGACGGUAGCGAUCGUUGUAUCCUCCGUGCUGUCUAACCAUGACGACGAGGAUUUUGCCUCCGAGCACGCAUCUAUUCUGUCUCAUCUUCCCGAGCAUAUCGAUCCCGACACCGCGAAGAUCUUUGUUCUUAUCUAUGCGCCCGGCUUGAAGCAUACCCCGAACCAAAAUGGCUCGUCGAACCCUACUCUUUCCGUCACAUCGUCUUAUUCGAACAUCGCCCCUGAGGAGGCUAGAUCUCCUGGAGAACCACCGUGUGCAGACCUGUCUACGCUGGAGCCGCGCCCAGUGGAUGAGCAGGACGGCGCCACGCCCCUCUUCCGCACUCUCUACACGCAGGCGCAGUCCAUUGCCGAUAAAGAAAACACCAUCAUGCCUUUUAGUACCCCCGGCGGAUUCGUCCAUCUUGUGCGUCACCUAUCGCCUGACAUUGUCUACGUCCAAGAGUCUAUGACAGGCAAAGAAGGUGAUGCGGUGCAACACAUCUCCGGAUGGGUUAGACAGGUCGUCGUUGUGGUGGGAGAUGACGGCGGUCGUGGCGGUCUGAUCGACAGUGAAGAUGAAUCCGUACUCGCCGACAAGGGUGAGAAAUGGUGGCAGAAGGACGGUCUGACCGGUAUUGGGAAGCGCAUUGACGUGGUCGAUGUGCACCGCACGGGCGAAGACUGGCGACGAAGGGUUUCCGGUCAUGACUGA